CACGCUUCACAUCAAAUCCUAGCCACAAUGCUCACCGAGCAAUUUAUCACGUCUAUAGCCGCACAGACCAAAGCGAAUACUGGUAUUACAAAGGACACGGGAAUUUUUGUCCACGAGUUUCAACCGCUCGCUGCUCAGCGCCAUGUGUUCAAGAAGAGCGCAACGGCGCCAAACGGGCUUGCCGUGAGCAAAUCGCACAUAUUUGCCGCCCAGGCAGGCAAAUCGCUGGUGCAUGUCUACAGCAGAGAAAAGGGCAACCAGGAAGCCGUUGUUCCUUUCCCCGAAAGAAUACACAGCAUUGCGCUCGCUGCGAAGGAUACCGUCCUGUUGUUGGGGACUGAGAGCGGCAGAGUGCUUGCUUGGGAGAUAUGCUCCGGCCGGUUGGUCUCUACAUCCACCUCUCACCUUCAACCCGUCACUUCCCUUGCGGUAGAUGCUGCUUCCAAAUUCUUCCUCUCUGGCUCCCCAGACUCCAUGAUACACGUUUGGGCCCUCCCAUCUGUUCUAUCCUUUUCUCCGGAUACCUCGCGCUCGCCGAUGCACACUCUCUCUACCCAUCGCGGGCCCAUUGCCUCGAUAUCGUGCGGGCAUAGCUCGAGCACUUCGAACAUAGCUGUGUCGGUGUCAGAAGACAAGUCGGCAAUCGUAUGGAAUUAUCGCACGGGACAGGCUUUGCGGACAUAUUUGCUGCCAGAGCUCCCAUCCGCGUUGACUUUAGACCCCGCCGAUCGGGCGUUGUACAUUGCAUAUGCCGACGGAAGCAUGCAGACAUUAGAUUUUUACGACGAGUUCCAAAAGAUCACGCCCGUCGAUAUGCUGCAAGACGUAGCAUCGUCUCAUCGACCCAUACAACCAUCGACGAAGUCGCGGUUCUCUGCAGAGUCGCAGAAGCUAGGAGCAGCGCUCUGUUUGAGCGUUAGCUGGGACGGUACGACGCUUGUGUCGGGGCACGCAAGCGGCAAGAUCGCGUCAUGGGAUGCAGCAAAAAGGAAUUGGCUUUCGAUAAUCACGAACCUACCUGGACCGGUGACCAACUUGCUGUUUUUGGAGCCCGUAGGGUUUCCGAAUGCUAAAGUAACUCCAUUCAAGCUGCAUACCGUAGUCAAGCCCAAGCAGGAUUUAGGGCCAACAACCGGCUCCGCACUCGUCCCUUCAAACUACAGCCUAACCAUGCAAUUCACGGGUCGAUUACCUGGCCAACCCGUCAGUGCGACCCAAAGCAACGUCGCGAGCAAAACCGAAUUCGAGCAAGCUCUGUCUCAUCCCAGCUUUCCACAGUCCAUGCUCGAAGACAGUCUCGCAGAGCUAGCGAGCUGGGAUGCGCCCCUCUCAUCGACGAAUGGCAACGCGGCACCCACCGCCGAUUUUAUGUCCUUGGAGGGUGACGAAAAUGCCACAGGCCAGGCCGCUGCUCAGCUUACACCGACGUCCCAAACGGGCGAACUGGCCGAGCUCAGGAAACAGCUAGCCAGUCUGCAGCGCGUACAAAAGGUCACCUUCCAACAACUCUCGGAGCUCCGCGAAGAGAACGCGUACUUGCACGGGCUAGAGCAGCAGCAGCAGCAGCACAAAAAGCGGUCUGCACGUGUGGGGGCGCACAGCAAAUCUCAGCAGAAAGUCACCAAUGGGAAAGGCGGCAGUACGGAAGAUGUAGAAAUGAGCGACGCGUCGAGCAGCGACAGCAGUAGCGACUCCAAAUGAAGAGAGUGAGAGUGGGAUUCACCGACGUGUGUGUCUCGGGAGAGACGACGCCGUAAUCAAAGAAAAGGCCAGACCAAGAAUUCCCAAAUGCCCUCCCUCUCUCGCGCGUUGCAGGAAGACACAACAAACUAAAACAACAUUAUCACUAUCGAAAAGUACCGCCUUGAUUCAUCUUCUCCUCCAACCCAAUCACGCGCGAGCAUUUCUCUCCACCUUUUUCUUCCUAAAAAGGGCGCAGCCCAGCCCAGCCCCAAACCGGGUUGCGGGGAGAACAAACAGGUGGGGCAGCAAGCAACACACACGCACAGUCAGAAAGUUAAUUGUGCGCGUUGGUGGUGCAUGUGCAUCAAUCAUCAUCUGGAGGCGGGAGGGGGUUGUACUGCUCAGUGCUCAGCUGCUG